AUGGCUGUCACCAUGGGCUCGCCGUCCUCACCCGCUCCUGGCUCCUCGCUUGACCAGCCAAACUCUGCGGCGCACCCUCAGAGCGGACUCGCCGCGACCAUGUCACCGACACCAAAACACCAUCGCACUUCGAGCAGUGACAGUGUUCUGCAUGAUUCGAAGAGAGUCAAGCCGAAUGCUGAACCCGACACCGAUCAAGAGGAGCCGUCCGCCAACGAACAGCUAUUGGCUGAAGUGACCGAGGCAAAGACAAUGACUGUGCGCUUUCCCAGUACUAUCGCGGACCCGGAGGCAUUCGUGAAGACGUUCAAGAGCUUGCCGGGUGAGUUGAGGAACCGCAUCUACGACUUUGUCAUCGAAGGCAUGCUCCCGUCAAAAGAAAUGGACCUUUCUUGUACACUUCACAACAGUCAGUACCCACCGCUCGGCCCCGGCGCCAUGGCCAACAUCUGCCGCAACUACAAGUCUCAGAUUCGGAGGAAGUGGAGAGUCCGCUUGCUGGAACGCUUUCAUCGCUGCUGUCUCCUCUCAAUUUCGCAUCGUGUCAGGAACGAGUUUUUGGGCCGCUUGUGGAAGUUUGUUGGCCUCCUCUUCUGCAGCUGCAAGACGCGUCGCUCGGACGGUCUUCAGGUCACCUGGAAACAGACUACCAAGCUGGGACAUGUGUUCACUCACUCGUACUUGCACAACAUAGUGUACAAUGUGCACUACAGGGGCCUCAGGCAUUCCGGUCUGGAUAGACUCAAGGAGUUCUGUGAGAUGCUCGUCAAGAUAGCCUUCAAGGGCAACCUCGUUGUGACAGGGUGGCGGUUCGAUGUGGAUUUCGCUGCCCGGACCAUUGAGCUGUUCGGCACCAGUUGGUAUGAGGGCCUUGUGAUCGAGGCCUACGAUCAGUCCACUGUUUCUGGAGAGUUCGAUGCAGCGCUCCGCACUUACCAGCAAAAGUGCAAUACAUACGGCCGGAAGCGCAUCCGUAAGCUCGCUAAGCAAGGUGGACUCAUCACGCCGGGCGAUGCGGACCAGGUUCGCUUGUUGAAGAAGAUUGACUUCCGGGCGAAGGCUUUCAAUGGCAAACACUACGAUUCUAUCUCAUACGCCGAUCUCUGGAACACCGAGGAUGAGGAGAACGAGAUGGCCAUCGAGAACCCGUGGGACCUGUGGGACGACCUUGAGGAUGGUCAUACCGUCGGCGAUGGCGGCAUCCUCGACGAUGGUGGUACCCUCAACAAUGGUGGUGGUACCUUUGACAACGAUGGCGGUACCCAUGAUAAUGGUGGUACCCACGAUGAUGGCGGUACCCACGAUGAUGGCGGUAUCCACGAUGAUGGCCCCGAUGGCUGUCAUGGCCCCGAUGGUCUUAACGAGGACGGAGAUGAGUGA